AUGAGCAAGCCCGAACUUCUUAUCCAAGUGGUGACCGACGUCAUAUGCCCGUGGUGCUUUGUUGGCUCGCGUCGGCUCAAAGCCUUCCUCGAAUCGAACGACUACCAGUCGCAAAUCGCACCGCACGUCCAGACCGUGCUCAAGAUUGAGCCGUACAUCCUCGAUCCACGGCUCCCAGCCUCUUCAUACGAUACCCCAGACAAGUACUACGAUGCGCUCGACACAACGCCAUACGAGAAGAACGCGCCUCCUACGAAGAAGUUCUACUACGGGUCCAAGUUUGGUGGGAAUCUCGAUGCAUUUGACGCAAAGAUCUCGACCGCAGCCAGUGAGUUGGGCAUGCCAACGUUCGACUGGACAAGUGAAGGGAAAGUGGGGGCGACGUGGAAUGCGCAUCGGCUCGUGUUGAAGGCUAGCCAGCUGGACGAGCAGCGGGAAGGGUCGGUGAAUAAGGACGACCCACUGGCGUGUGUCAAGACGCUUCAGGUGCGACUUAUGGACCAGUUCUACCAGGACUUUCACUCGAACAGCAAGGACAUGUCGGACAACACUUACUUGGCCACCGUAGCGAAAGACGUCGGACUCUUCGACUCCGAGGAGGCAGCCGCAAAAUGGCUGGAGUCGGACGAUCUCGAGUACGAACUGGGAAACAAGCUGCAGCAGGCCGAUAUGAACGGUGUACAGAGCAUUCCAUUCUAUAUUGUCAACGACGGCGCGGACCAUAUGAGCGAGACGGGCUCGCACGAGUCGUUCCUCAAGAUGAUGCAGAUGGCUGUUGCGCCCUACGUUCGAUGA